CACUUUCACAGGUCAUGAAAUAUGUUCCAAGAGAUAAAACCGAAAUUCAAUGUAGACCUUGAAUUUUGGUAGACUAAUAGUCACAAUUAAUAAUCGUCAUGAACUUGAAGAAAAGACUUUCAAAACUUUUAAAGAAAUUCCUGUCUGAUAUUGGUGCCAUUGAAUAUACCCAAUGGCCAAAUGCCUUAGCUUCACAGCAUCCAGAGAUCGUUUUUACCGAUAUUUCUUUUCCUUUUCUGGGCUUCGUUCCGUAACAACAGAUCUUGAAGAUGGCACCACUAUGCAUUGUUGGAUACCUAAAGUUCAUGAACCAACAAAACCUAACCUCUUUCUUGUCCAUGGAUUUGGUGCCAAUGCAAUGUGGCAAUAUAGUGAUCUCCUUAGACAUUUUACUCCCCAUUUUAAUGUCUACCUUCCUGAUCUCCUCUUCUUUGGUGCCUCCGCCACCAAGCGCCCCGAGAGGACAGAGAAUUUUCAGGCAAGAUGUGUGAAGAAAUUGAUGGAGGUGCAUGGUGUGGUUAGGACGAGCCUUGUAGGAAUUAGUUAUGGAGGAUUUGUUGGUUAUAGCAUUGCAGCUCAAUAUCCAGAGGCAGUGGAGAGGUUGGUGUUGUGUUGUGCAGGCGUUUGCUUAGAGGAAAAGGAUAUGAAAGAUGGCUUGUUUCAGGUCUCUGAUUUGGACGAAGCUGCUAGCAUUUUAUUGCCACAGACACCUGAGAAGCUAAGGGAAUUGAUGCGUUUCUCCUUUUUUAAGCCUGUCAAAGUCAUGCCCUCCUACUUCCUUUCUGACUUUAUUGACGUAAUGUGCAACGAUUAUAUGAACGAGAAAAAAGAGCUCAUCCAAAAUUUACUUAAAGAUAGACGCCUUUCCAAUCUUCCUAAGAUUUCCCAGUCCACAUUAAUUAUUUGGGGAGAACAAGACAGGAUAUUCCCAUUAGAACUGGGAUACAGACUGCAGAGGCAUAUUGAAGGGAAUGCUGAGUUAGUAGUUAUCAGAAAUGCCGGGCAUGCAGUCAACUUGGAGAAACCAAAGGAUUUCGCUAAACAGUUGAAGGCAUUUCUUGUUGAUGAUUGUUAACCUGAUUAAUUUGGACAACCAUUCUGCAGCUAGUGGUGGAUUUAGAAUUCAGAUUCUAAAUUCAGAGAUUGAUAUUUUAAAUAUAUAACUAUAUAUGCGUUUUGAUAACUGUACC